GCAGCCCCUCAAAAAACUUUUCUUCCCUUGUUUUUUGGGUUUUCUUUCUUUUUUAUAACACUUACUGUACUGUAGACUUUCUUUUUUCUUUUUCUUUUUUUUUUAAAUCUUUCAAAAGAUUAUAGUCAAGAAUUGUGCAAUUCAAGUCUUGGUCGGUUCUGGGUUUUCUUUCUUUCUUUUGAAUUUUCUCGGGAAUUGGGUGUUUUUGUUUGAUCGGUUAUGUAAACUCUUAGAUACCCCUUUCAUGAUUUUGUGUUCUUUUUUUGAUUGAUUUUGCAGAUUGAAGAAUUCCCAGAAAGAAGAAAACAAAUGGUUCCUUUUUAGAUGUUGAUGUAGCAAAAGGAAGUGGAUUCAAUUCAUAUGGAUAAUCUAUGUUGCUUCAACGCUAUUGUUGGAGGACGAUCUUCAUGUAGUUCCGGGAAGGGCAGAAGCCAUAACGGCGCUGUCAAGUAUGGAUUCGCUUUACUGAAAGGUAAAGCGAAUCAUCCUAUGGAGGAUUAUCAUGUCGCAAAGUUCACGCAACUUCAGGGGCACGAACUCGGACUUUUUGCUAUAUAUGAUGGUCAUUUGGGGGACAGUGUGCCUGCCUAUCUGCAAAAGCAUUUGCUUCCCAAUAUCUUAAAGGAUGAGGAGUUUUGGACCGAUCCCAAUAGGUCGAUUUUUAAAGCUUAUGAGAAAACAGACCAAGCGAUUCUUUCGCAUAGUCCGGACUUAGGACGAGGGGGAUCGACUGCUGUCACUGCGAUUUUGAUAGAUGGGCGAAAACUAUGGGUAGCCAAUGUCGGAGAUUCACGUGCCGUUUUAUCGAAGAAUGGGCAAGCAAUGCAGAUGAGUAUCGAUCAUGAGCCCAGCACAGAGCGAGGAAGCAUCGAGAACCGAGGCGGAUUUGUCUCGAACUUGCCAGGGGAUGUUGCAAGAGUGAACGGCCAACUUGCUGUUUCCCGUGCUUUCGGAGACAAGAACUUAAAAUUACACCUCCGAUCUGAUCCCGACAUACAAAAUGCCGAUAUUAACUCGAAUACCGACCUUCUCAUCCUUGCAAGUGAUGGACUAUGGAAGGUUAUGUCGAACCAAGAAGCAGUCGACAUUGCGAAAAAGACCAAGGAUCCGCAACGAGCGGCGAAAAAGCUAGCCGCGGAGGCACUGAACAGAGACAGCAAGGACGAUAUCUCCUGUAUCGUAGUUCGUUUGAAGGGGUGACUGAAAACCGAAUGCGACCGAAAACACAUUCCCGAUUGCGCAUGAUACGAAUCAUCAAUGGGAGGAAAUAUGAAUCAUGGUGAAGGUUCAGUGUCCCCAUAUACUCCUUUCUCCUUUUGUAAAAUUAAUGUUCUAAUGCGGCUUUCGUAUAUUGCUUGAUUUCUUCAAUUAUGGUUGGAAAAGCUCCAGGGAAAAUAUUUACAGUUUAUUUCUUUUUAUUUUAUAAUAUCUUAAUAUUUAUAGUUGAAAAUAUUGGAAAACAUUUUUUUAAAGAAUUUCAAAUUAAUUAGUUUGUAGUUA